UUGUGACGUGUGCAUCUAUGAGACGUCACGGCUCUGUUUCCCUGGGUAAGAUUGUGAUCCGGCGUUCGAAAGGCUCCAGUCACCUGACACUCCCGGGCUCCGCGCCCUUUUUCUCUCUUUCUCUCCAAGGCGAUUAGGACGCGGAGCGACUAUGGGCGACGGUGCAAGGUGCAGCCAGCUGCUGGGCGAUGAUGGCCUCAUGCAAGAGCUGGCCCAAGAGAAGCAGAUGAAGUCACAGUUGUAACAAGUGGGCUGCUAUGCAAGCAAAGUACACUUACUGGAUUCCAGCCCCAGAGAAAUGCUAGAACACUCAGUGUUUGAAAUGAAAAAUACGGUAGCGCAGCUGGAAAAAAGGCUCAACAGUGUUGAGGAUGAAGACAGUGAAUGGAAAACCAGAUAUGAAACCCAAAUAGAAUUGAACAGACAGUUGGAAAGACAGAUUGGACUUCUCCAAGGAAAGAUGGAACAUGUACGUGGCAGUCCAACAGACAGAUUGGCUUCUGUUCGUUCCUUUGAUCAGAUGCACAUGGAUUCUUUAAAUCAAUUUCUCAAAAAACUGGAAGAGGAGAAGAAAAGUCUCCAGAACCAACUGAAAGAUUAUGAGCUCAGACUACAUCAAGAAGCAAAGGCAUAUCAUAAAGCGAAUGAUGAACGCCGUGCGUACUUAACAGUGAUUUCACAACUAUCAGGAUCCCUGAAACCUUUCGAGAGGCAAAAAAUGGAGGCAGCAGAUACGAAGAGGGAAAAUCAGCUUCUGAGAGGAAAAUGCAAUAUUCCAAGAAAUCAAAGAAUAUUGGACCCAAAAAAAGGACCCAUUAAAAAGACCGCAGGAGUGAAGCAACUUCCAAAACUGAAGCUCUAAUAUAUUAUUUCAUGGUUUCUAUUCUCUUAUUAUGCCUUUUCCAAGUAGGAAUUAUAGUAGAGUAGAAAAUAUUUUAAAUCAUAAUAUAUUAAAAUAAGCAUCUUCACACUAAUCAUGCUUAAGAUUAAACCGUGUAAGUGCUCAUAUACCUGUGUCUGCACCAUCUGAUUUGUAAUAUAUUUAUCAGAGUACUAUGUCUAUUUAUUGGUGAAAUCUGCAGUUUGUGAUAGGAUCUCUCCCAGGUUGGUUCUUUCCUUUCCAGACUGAGUCGAGACAUGGGUGAAUUAAAAUGUUUGAAAUGAAUUAUCCAUGGUAUGUGGGUGACAUCCUGUUUUGGGCAGGAGACAAAUUCACAUCACUUCUUAGAUCUAAGAUGUCAUGCAAGACAUCAGAACAUUUCAACACAUAUGUAGGGUUGCUGAUCUCUUUUUAAAGAACAUGAAUCACAUUAAUCAAGUGUGCUGAAUUACUAUGUAACUCUUUUUGCUUAUUAAAAGAAUACAGUAAUUUAAAAAACUAA